AUGGCUGCCUCUCGCUCCAAACAUCAACUGAGGAAUAUUGAUGUAAAGGCGGCGACCAGACGGCCGCCGACCUCAACCGCCCUUACUAGUAGCCAGCCGCCCUCAGCCGUCCUUACUAGUAGCCAGACGCCUUCAGCCGCCCUUACUAGUAGCCAGACGCCUUCAGCCGCCCUUACUAGUAGCCAGCCGACCUCAGCCGCCCUUACUAGUAGCCAGACGCCUUUAGCCGCCCAUACUAGUGGCCAGCCGCCUUCAGCCGUCCUUACUAGUAGCCAGACGCCUUCAGCCGCCCUUACUAGUAGUCAGCCGACCUCAGCCACCCUUACUAGUAGCCAGCCGCCUUUAGCCGUCCAUACUAAUAACCAACCGCCUUCAGCCGCCCUUACUAGUAGUCACCAGUAA